CAGAUCCUCUAAUCUAUGGACUGUCCCCUCCCCCAGGUAUGGAAUGACGCCGCCUCUCAGAUCUUCUACUCUCUGGGGAUCGGAUUCGGUGGUUUGCUCUCGAUGGCUUCAUACAACAAGUUUGACAACAAUGUCAUCAGGGACACGCUGGUUAUCGCCAUCGGCAACUGCUGCACCAGCUUCUUCGCCGGAUUCGCCAUUUUCUGCAUCCUGGGUCACAUGGCCUGGAAGAAGCGCGUGCCGGUCGGGGAAGUGGCCGAUUCCGGCCCCGGAUUAGCAUUUGUUGCCUACCCAGAAGCCCUCGCUCUUCUUCCAGGUUCCGUCUUCUGGUCCAUCUUGUUUUUCCUCAUGCUCUUCACACUGGGAGUGGACACUCUGUUCGGGAAUAUGGAGGGGAUCGUGACGGCCGUAUUGGACGAGUUCCCGGCACUUCGGGAUUGGAAGCGGAAGACGAUGUUCCUCGGGGGUCUCUGCUUCUUCUUCUACUUGAUGGGACUUCUGCUGGUCACCGAGGGCGGCAUCUACUGGUUCACCUUGAUUGACUCGUACAGCACCAGCUUCGGCCUCAUCAUCAUCACCCUCUUCAUGUGUCUCGGCAUCGCCUUCUUCUACGGUGUGAAUCAGUUUUGUCAGGAUAUUGUGGAUAUGAUUUGCCACUGUCCUCCCUGGUGCACCAAACUCCUCCUCUACUUCAAGGCAUGCUGGGUAUUCUGCACACCGGUCCUCCUGCUGUUCAUCCUCUUCUACAUCUUCAUGGAAAUGUACAACACUCCGCUGCACUACGGGCAUUAUGAGUACCCGCGCUGGGGCAAGGCGCUGGGCAUAUGUUUGGGCACCCUGUGCUGCAUCCAGAUUCCCAUCUGGGCCGGAGUCGCCAUUUUCCGGGAGAGCGGGACGCUGGUCGAUAGGUUUCAGAAUUCCCUGCGGCCGUUGAACUCCUGGCGAUCGUCCAGCAACCAGCGGGACCCGUCCUCCUCGAUCAUCGACGUCCCGUACACUGUCAACUUGACUGAGCAGGACUUCAAUGACCCCGUGUGGCAGACGGGGGGCGCCAGUGAGGCCUGACCCUCCACAUGGAAGACUUUGUGCGUCGGGCCAAUGAGCAGCAGAGCUUCUGACUUUUCCAAA